UUUGGUGGGUUUUUCAAACCAGGGCCAAUUUGCAGGUCGGAUGUUGAGAAGAAGCUUUUGGACGAUUCCUGCAAUGGCAACGCCUCGUUUGAUAUUACUGAGAACAUCAGUUGGCAAUCAUUAAGGGACUUUUUAGUUAAGGUGGGAAAUUCAUGUUCAGAUAUGCUCAAAUCCUGCCAGUGGGGAAGUCAAUAUGUGGACUGCGAUGAAGUUUUUAACAACGAUUUAACCGACGAGGGAUUAUGCUGUUCCUUCAACCGAUUGCCUCCGAGUCUGAUUUUUCGCAACCUGAAGGAUAUUAGCAUUUUAAACCAAACAUUCCCCAAUAAUGUCUACGAUUGGAAUGCGGAAAAGGGCUUUGAAGAUGCGGAAUAUGGAGAAUUUACCAUUCCUAGAAGACCACUUGGGGCGGGAGCUCAUUUAGGACUGUCUGUAGUGUUGGAUGCUCAGGUCGCCAACUAUCACUGCUCAUCAACUCGCAGCAUUGGAUUCAAAGUUAUUUUAGCAAAUCCCAUUGAAACUCCAAAAAUGGCCGAUUUCGGUUUCCUGAUUAGCCCAGGCUUUGAAACUCGUGUUACAAUCGAGCCUUCAGUCCGGGAAGCGACCGAGACCUUAAGGGAUGUGGCUGUUCAAAAAAGACAGUGCUAUUUUUCCAACGAACGCCCUUUGCAGUAUUACCGAUUCUAUUCCCAGAGAAACUGCCUGCUAGAGUGCCAGUCGAACUACACAUUGAACUUAUGUGAAUGCGUGCCUUACUAUCUACCCAAAAACAAGCAAAUAAAAUACUGCGGGAAAAUUGAGAAGUUUUGUGUGGAAACCGCGAAAAACGAUAUGGAAACUGUGGUUGGAAAUGGUUCCACCAGUCUCUUCAAAAUAUUUCACGUUAGUCUUGCAUGUGUCUCUUCACCCCAUUCUAGUGCAAGAACUUUUAGGCAAAAUAUGGCAGUGGUUCAGUUCUAUUUCUACAAUUCAAAGUUUACCAAGGAGCUGAAGAGCCAGCUGUAUGGAUUCACCGAAAUUCUAUCCAAUGUUGGAGGCUUAUUGAGUCUCUGCUUGGGAUUCAGUUUCCUCAGUUUGGUGGAAAUUUUCUACUUCAUCACUUUGCGACUUUGCUGCGAAGUGUUCCACAGGAAAGUGACGAGGAACCAGAAACUUAUUCCAUUUUUGCGGUAAUCGUCCAAUAGCAGCAGAUCAAGAAAAAUAUGAA